AUGAUUUUGGCUUCGCUGAUCGUGAUUCUGACUUGUUUUCUGGCAGGGUCUUUCUCUGAGGAAACGUUUGUAUACUACAAUGGCUUUGGGUAUUCUUGUGAAGGCAGGAUCCCACAGUGUCUUCAGGAUAGAUGCCUAGUGGACUUAACUACUUUUUUUUGCACAGAGUGUAGCCAGGAUUAUGUUCCCAUCAAUGGCACAUGUGUUGCUACUACAGACGAAAAAGUUAAUAAAGCCGGUUGUGUUAAAUCGCCGAAAGGUGGAUGGUGCACAGGAUGUAACAAUGGUUACUUCUUAUUUUACGGUGGCUGCUAUGAAUUGUCUGGCAGAUGGAAAGCAAGUAUCUGCGAUCGUGCAGAAAAUGGGAUUUGUCAAGAGUGCGGAAAGGGCGGUGGGUAUUAUACCCCAAUAACUUUUACCAACCCUAAUGCGACCUCUCCUGAACGCUGUAUCUACUGCGGAGAUAUAGUAGGCUUUGGCGGGAGUAGUGGUGUAUAUAGGUGUCAGUACUGUAACCAACAUAGGUUGCCAGGGAACACUAUACCCAGCUGUAGCGAAUGCUCAGAACGAGUUAUGUGCCCUUUUGAUUUUCGAUGCAAGCCUGCUUCUAGCACAGCUGUUUUUGGCUAUUGUUAUGUUUGCCCUAGGGGUUACGUCUGGAGUCAGUUUGGGUGUUAUACCGCAGAUAGUAUAAUUGGUAACAGUAUCUGUUUACCAAGAAAUACUAUAGAUAUACAGGGACGAUCGUUGUGCACACAAUGCGCCAAUUCAUCAGAAGCGCCUCAGAAUGGCCUCUGUAAGUCAAUCAGCGAAUUUGGUAAUGUUUGUACGAAAGAUCCUAGAACAGGAAAAUGCACAUCUUGUAAGAAUGAUAGCAGCGGGCAAUACUUCUUGUUUUAUGGUGGAUGCUACUUAUUUAAUAAUGCUCCGAAUCAAAUAGAAUCUUAUAUUUGUCAAGCAAUGCAGGGCAACGUUUGCACCACAUGUAACAGUUCAACCAAAGAGGUGUUCACCAAGAAUAGCAGAUGCUGGCGCUGCGGGGACUCAGCCAACGGGGGAAUAGAGGGAUGCCAAAGGUGUGAGAUGAAGGACAGUGGUCUUCAGUGUCUGGAGUGCCGCGACCUCUACCUGAGCCUGGAUAAGAGGAGCUGCCUGGCCAGCUGUCCCAAGGGGCAGAAGGGCGUGCAGGAGUCCUCAUCCUCGGUCCACAGCUGCGCGUGCGAUGACGGGUCCUAUCUGAAGGACGGGAAGUGUGUCGGGUGCGCGGUGGAGAACUGCGCUGAGUGUGACGAGUCGAGCUGUAAGAAGUGCAAGUAUGGCUACACACUCUCCAGCAGUCAGUGCGUGGCGACCAAGUGCAAGGACCCCAACUGCGACACGUGCGAGGACAGAGACGUGUGCACAAAGUGUACCGAUGGCAACAGCCUCGAUCCCCACGGUCUGUGCGUGAAGGACUGCCUGGGCUCCGCCGGGUACUACAAGGCCACCGUGGGCGGCGUCUCGAGGUGCGUGGCGUGCACGCUCGGCAACUGCGUAGUCUGCGAGUCGGAAUCCAAGUGCAAGACGUGCAGGGACGGGUUCUACGUCGAGGGCUCGGGAGGAUGCAAGCCGUGCAGCUCUGAGUGCGCCACGUGCAGCGGACCGGCAUCCGGCGACUGCACCUCCUGCCCUGCCAGGAAGCGGCUGCAGUACAGCGACGGUGCCAAGGGAUCGUGCGUCCCGCAGUGCGUGAAGGACAGCAGCUGUGCAGAGUGCGGGCUCACGGUGAGCGGGACCAGCUACUGCUCGCGCUGUGCCAAGAGCACGGAGUACCCCAACAACGGGGUGUGCACCUCCUCCAGCUCGCGGGCGGCUGGUACCGCGUGCGUGAAUGUCGCCGACGGUAGAUGUGCUCUCUGCAGCUCAAACUCCUUCAGCCUCAACGGGGGGUGCUACACCUCCACACUCCUCCCCGGGAAGACUGUCUGUACGAAGGAGAAUAACGGCUGGUGUGAUAGCAUCGUGGCUGGGUAUGGGAUAACGUACAACGGAACGCUCCUUACAUGCCCGACGAACUGUGCAAUGUGUAGUAGUGGGGUCUGCAACGCCUGUAACAGCGGGUUCUACCUGGAGAAGGGGGCAUGCAAGGCGUGCUCCAAGGGCUGCGCCACCUGCCCCCAUGGGAAGGCAUGCUUCGACUGCCUGACCGGGUACUACUUCUCCGAAAACACGUGCAAGGCGUGUCACAAGGCGAUCUCCAAGUGCAGCCUCUGCGUGGUUCCAGAGGGCGCAGCCACACCCAUAUGUCUGGAGUACGACAACACCUCCAAAAAGUCCGCCCUCUCGUCUAGUGCCAUCUCUGGCAUCGCCAUCGGCGUGGUCCUUGUCGUCGGCGGUGUGGCGGCUGUGCUGGUUUGGUUUUUCGUCUUCCGAAAGAAGAAUUGA